CGGUCUGCCAAGGCUGGCGCUGCCUCCGCCGCUUGCAGUGCGUCUUUGGCCGGCGCUUUGCACUCCACACAGAGGGAUGGCCCUCGCGAUGCGGCGCAGCUGGUGCGGCUGCUCGUUGAAGGCGGGCUCCAUUAUCACGGCCUUCCUCUUCACGGCAGGCAGCCUCUGGGAGAUCAUGGACGCCACGUGGAUGAUUUCGGUCGGCCACCCUACGGAAUUCGGUGAAGAUGACCAGCAGACUACGGCGAUAGCGAUGCUGUGUCUGGGAACCAUCGUACUCGCCACGAGCAUAGCCCUUCUCGUCGCCUCCAUCAAGGAGCGCCCCGGACCGCUGCUGGUGUUCGUGGCGGUGAACGCUGUGGUGGGGGCCCUGCACGCGGCCGUGCUGCCCCUGGAGGUGCUGGCGCUCUUCAGUGAAGGACAUCCCCGCGACGCCUGGGCGCUGCUCGUCGUUGCUGUCGCUGGCGUCGUUUUGGACGUAUACCUGUUGGUGGUUGUCUACAGCUUUCAUCAGUUUUUGUGCGAAAGACAGAGAAGUGGAACUGUUUAACUGCAUUUCAUUGACACUACCUGCCAGUACCUAAUGUUGUAUGAGACUUGUCUGAUUAUUUCCAUGUUAAAUACAAAUAAAAAACAUAAUACCAAUGAUUUGGAAA